UCCGAAGGUCUCUGCCUGUCAAGCAGACUGUGCCGAGGCCUGAGCUCUGACACUCCUUCUCUCCCUCCAGCCCAGCGCGAUGGAUGCCCUGCACACUGCCGGGAUCCGCUUCGCAGAGGCUCUGCAGUCCGGGCCGCCCUGGCUGGAAAAGUUCUGGGUCUCAGUGACCUCCCUGGCUGAUCCCAAAUGCAUCUUCACCGUCUGUUUCCCUCUCGCCUAUUUUCUCGACCGCAAGGUGGGGGUGUCGGUGCUGUGGAUCGGCCUGGUGUCAGAGUGGCUCAAUGUGGUCCUCAAAUGGUUCUUAUUUGGGGAGCGCCCGUUCUGGUGGGUCCAUGAGUCGGGGCUCACCAGCAAGGAGCUGGUCAUGCUGCGCCAGUUUCCUGUCUCCUGCGAAACGGGACCGGGGAGCCCCUCCGGCCACUGCAUGAUCACGGGGGCAGCCCUCUGGCCACUCGUCACUGCUCUGACAGCGCUAGCGUCCAAACAUUCCAGGAGCCUGGCAGCGAAGCUGAGCCCCUUCGGUGCCUACGCCCUGCUCCUGCUGUCUGUGGGGCUCUCGCGGGUCUUUGUCCUGGCCCACUUCCCCCAUCAGGUAGUCGGCGGCAUCCUGGCGGGGGCAGCCCUGGGCUGGGGGCUGCAGUCUCGCACCCCGGCCGCCCGCACCUUGGGCUUCUUCGUGACCACCGCGCUGGCCCUGCUGCUCAGCUCCCUCGCCCUGCACAGCCUGGUCAUCGCCGCCGGCAUUGACAUCGACUGGUCCAUUGGCCUGGCCACCAAAUGGUGCUCGGACCCCGCCUGGCUCCGCCUCGACACCCGGCCCUUCGCCUCCGUCUGCCGCGACGCUGGCAGCGCCCUGGGGCUGGGGCUGGCCGCCGGCUUCCCCCUGCACCGGGGGCAGCGGUUGGGUCCCUGGCAGCGCGUGGCCGGUGCCACGCUGGCCUUGGUGGUCGUGCAGGGCCUGCACCGGCUCCUCCAGCCCACGGACGCGACCCUGUGGUACGGCACCAGCUUCCUCAAGUACGCCGCCGGGCCCUGGCUGGUGGCAUCUCUCGUGCCCUGGCUCGUCCUCUUCCUCGCUCGCCCGUGGGGCUCCCCCCACGCCGAGUAGGGCUCCCCACAGCAAGGUUCCCCCCCCGUGUGUCCUGUGCCCCCCUCCUGGCUGUGCCCAUCGUCCGUGGCUCCUGGCCUGAGCGCAGCCACCGUCCCCACGUCAGGAGGGCACCCACCGUCCCCCUUGGGACCACAGGCCAGUUGUGUAACCCUCGCUGCACUAACAGAACUGCUCCCCCCAGGGCAGCGGGACCCCCCCCCCAGCAUGGGGCAGGCAGGGGGGCCUGUGACAGAGCUGGGGGUGCCCCUGCGCCCAGCAGGUCUGGGGACACGGCGUAGGGACAGCCCCAGCCUUGGGGUCACCAACAAACAGCACCACCUUCCACUCCUCCCCUCCCUCGGCCUCCUUCCAGCUGCUCCAGUUCUCCCAGUUCAGUUUCCCCCUCUGGGGAAGGGGCCAGGCCCCCCCAUGCCGGGCCCCCCACCGUACCGCGGUGGAUGGAGGGGCCACCCCGUUUCUAACCAAAUAAAAACACCGUUACCAACCUGUCGGCCCUGAGUCCUUUGAAGAGGUGGGGGG